CGCUUACAAUGGAAACUUCCUUUUCGUGCGUUCUAGCUAUAUAUGCAUGCGUCGUCCAAACCUAUUCCUAUGCCAUUAAACGGAUCAGCUGUCCAUUGAUCUCAUGGAGCAGCUCGGGAACUCCAUGUGGCUCUUCUUGGCUCUCCUCCUCCCUCUCGUACUUCUCAAGCUCAAGAGGAGUGAUAACAAUGGCCUGAGGCUGCCGCCGGGCCCGUGGCGGCUGCCGGUCAUCGGCAGCCUCCACCACCUCCUCCGAAGCUCGCUCGCCCACCGCGCCAUGGCCGACAUCGCGCGCCGGCUCGACGCGCCCCUCAUCUACCUCAGGCUCGGGGAGAUCCCCGUGGUCGUGGCGUCGUCCCCGGACGCCGCUCGCGAGUUCAUGAAGACACACGACGUCAACUUUGCCACGCGCCCGUGGAACACGACCAUCAAGAUCAUGCUGGCGGACGGGGAAGGGCUGGUGUUCGCGCGCUACGGCGCCCUGUGGCGGCAGCUCCGCAAGAUGAGCAUCCUGCAGCUGCUCAGUGCCCGCCGCGUCCAGUCGUUCCGCCGCGUCCGGGAGGAGGAGGUCGGCCGCGCUGUCGCUGCCAUCGCGGCGUCCCAGCCUGGCGAGGCCGUGAACGUCAGCGAGCGGAUCGCCGUGCUCAUCGCGGACUCGGCGGUGCGCACCAUGAUGGGCGACCGGUUCGAGAGACGGGAGGAGUUCCUGGAGAACUCCGCGGAGGCGAUAAAGAUCACCGGGGGCUUCAGCCUCAGCGACCUGUUCCCUUCGUCGAGGCUCCCAAGCCUCAUCAGUGGCACGGAGCGUCGGGCGGAGGCGAACCACCGUAAGCAAUCCGAACUGAUGGACUGCGCCAUCAGGCAGCACGAGGAGCGGAGGGCAGCCAUGGCUGCGGCUGCAGACGGCACCGUGCAGGAGGAUCUAGUGGACGUGCUCUUGAGGAUACACAAGGAAGGUGGCCUUGAGGUGCCGCUCACCAUGGGAAUCAUCAGGGCUGUCAUCCUUGACCUUUUCAGUGCUGGGAGCGAGACAUCGGCGAAUACGCUCCAAUGGGCCAUGUCAGAGCUCAUAAGAAACCCAAAAGUGAUGCAAAAGGCACAGAACGAGGUACGCAACAACCUCCAAGGCAGGCCAACAGUGACCGAAGAUGACUUGGUCGACCUGAAGUACGUAAAGCUCGUCAUCAAAGAGACCCUAAGGAUGCAUCCGGUGUUGCCGCUGCUUCUCCCAAGGGAGUGCCGGGAGUCAUGCAAGAUCAUGGGGUACGACAUACCUAAGGGCACUACUGUAUUUAUAAAUGUUUGGGCAAUCAACAGGGACCCAAACUACUGGGACGAUGCCGAGGUGUUCAAACCGGAGCGGUUCGAGGCUAGCACGAUCGACUUCAAGGGCACAGACUUCGAAUUCACGCCGUUCGGGGCGGGCCGGAGGAUGUGCCCUGGUAUGGCAUUUGCGCAGGCGAGCAUGGAGCUCGUACUCGCUACGCUCCUGUACCACUUCGACUGGGAGCUACCUGCCCGGAUGCCGCCGAGCCAAUUAGACAUGACGGAGGAGAUGGGCAUCACCGUCCGAAGGAAGCAUGAUCUUUACCUGCAUCCAGUUGUCCGUGUACCCCUCCAAGGUGCCCCCUAGCUCCGUUACAUGUCUACGCGGCCAACGUUACCGACAUGAAUAAUGAGGUCAUGUAUAUGGAUGUACUGUGUGCGAGUCUGCAAACAAGAAACAUGUUAGAAUUUCAGUACCGUAUUUCACAAGU